AUGCAGUCCAUGUUCCGCCUGCCCUGGAGCACUGACGCUCCAGGCGACAAGAUCAUGGAGAAGGCGACCAUCCACAAGACAAGACCGCUGCACGUCGUCGACAUGCCUUCCUUCAUGAAGCUCAAGAGGAAGCGCACCGACAGCCCAGAGCCAGCGCCCCCCUCGCAUGUUGUGAAGAAGUGGAAGUCCGCAAAUGCAGUCGCACCCGCGACUGCAAUCCCAGAGCUGGCCAGGAUCGACUCAGUCGCGUCUGAUGAGUCGUCGUCCUCGGUCGUCUCUCAAGCUCCUGCAGAUGCAUCGUCGGAAUCGUUACCCAAGGCGCACCCCGUGAAAAUGGAAGGCGCCAGCGAAUCCAAGGUCCCAACGCAACAGACUUCCUCUGCUGCCACCAGUAAUGGUUCCGCCAACCAAUCCACCACGGCCAUGGAGACGGAUUCCCCAACUGACCUUACCGCCGUGCAGCAGACCAUCGAGGCCCAGUUCAACUACGAGAUCCUCCUCAAGCACCAGGAGCUCCGUCUCAUCGAGCAAGAGUUAGCCAAGUGUCAGGUCUCCCUCGAGCAACUGAGGCGUUGCUCUCUGAUCCCCUUCCCCGGAACCGAUGGACCUUCUCUGGAUGUCAGCGGCGGCGUGGGCUAUGCGCUGCCACCUGCCCCUGGCCACACCAAGCCUAAGUAUGCCGCACCCUGGGGAGUCACCGACGGUCCCUACACUCGUCAUUACGCCAAGUGGUUGAUCCAGGAUCCCAAGUUCGACUCCAUCCCCGAGCGUGAGCUCGCCCAACAGCAGUCCUCCCAGGCUUUCUAUGGAUCGGGCGCGGGCCGAGCGACUCGCGGUAGUUUUGCUGAGUUCGGUUCGACCGGCAAGGCCCGCACGUCGCGAACUUCGACUGGAACGUUGAAGCUUCCGGCCCUCGGUGAAAACCCAGCGCCUGCUCCCAAGAUCGAUCCUCUGCUGCACAAGCGAUCCACCGACGGACAGUGGGUGCGACUCUACUGCGCCCAGUGCGGUCACAGCAACUUCUCCAACACUCAGGGGUUCCUCAACCACUGCCGCAUCAAGCACAACCAGGUCUUCAAGAGCCACGACCAGGCCGCCAUCGCAUGCGGUGUCCCCGUCGACGUCAACGAGGGUGGACAGCCCGUGCCAGUGCCGGCCACCGAGCCUGCCUCCACGACCGUCUCCACCCCCGUUGCUGCCUUCCCGCCGCCGCAGACCCCGGGCGUCGUCCAUCCCCUGAUCAAGGCCAACCCACCGCAGAUGGCUGCCAACGUCCACCGUGACUUCUCCCGCAAGCCGACCAAGAUUACCCCUCCCGUGCCGGAAUCCAAGUUGCAUUCGCCAUCGACUCCUUACAUGACUGCUUUGCUGCAGAAACGUGGGUUCGAAGGCGACCUCAAGCAGAUGGUGGACACGGCCCGGACCAAGGUCGACCUCGAUUCGAUGGAGACGUCCGACGACGAUUCCGCCGCCCAGACGCCCGUCACCGCGCAGUCUCAGCAACUGGCUCGCCUUCCGGUUAGCGCUCCGAACGCAGCGCCCGCCAGCAAGGCUGCCGCGAAUCGUCCAGGCAGCAAGAAGGGUCACGGUAGCCAGGCCCGCUUUCCGCACGUUCCGCCACCAGUCAACGUGGGCCAUCACCACCAUCACAACCACUCACCUGCCUCUCCGGUAGACCUCAGCCCCCACACAGUUGAGUCUAACCCGGGCUUAGUGAGUGACCACGAUGACGAUGACUCGGACGACGCGGACGAUGCGAAGAGCCAGAUCGAUGUCAUGAUGAACGACGAUGUUGUGGUCGAAGACGCGAGCGACGCAGAGGGCGUGGCUGCAGAGAGGACGGGGUCUAGGAAGGGGCUGGAGGGGUGUUUCCAGAAGGGAGAGGGCAGUCGCAAGCAUUAG